AUGCCCAAGGUGCGGCGGACGCGGGGCCCCGGCCCCGGCCCCGCUCCGGGGCUGCCGCUGGCGGAGCAGAUCCUGCGGGAAGCGGCUCCUCGGGCUCCGCGGGCGGGCGCGCAGGACGAGGACGAGCGGGAGCCGGGCUACGUGGACGCGCGGCUGUCCCGGCGCAUCCUGCAGCAGGCGCGGCGGCAGCAGGAGGAGCUGGAGGCCGAGCACGGCCCCGGUGUGCCCGAGCAGCGCAGCACGGCCCUGGGCCCCGGUUCCGACUCGGAGGACGAUGAGGAGUGGCCGUCGCUGGAGGCGGCGGCGGGGCGCGGCGGGGAGGUGGCGGUGGACCCCGAGGACGAGGCGGCCAUCGAGCGGUUCAUGAACAAGAACCCGCCGCUGAGGCGCACGCUGGCGGACAUCAUCCUGGAGAAGAUCACCGAGAAGCAGACGGAGGUGGACACGGCGCUGUCGGAGGGCUCCGGCUGCCCCGUGCCCCAGCUCGACCCCCGCGUCCUGGAGGUCUACAGGGGGGUGCGAGAGGUGCUGUCCAAAUACAGGAGCGGGAAGCUCCCCAAGGCAUUUAAAAUCAUUCCUGCCUUGUCCAACUGGGAGCAGAUCCUCUACAUCACGGAGCCGGAGGCAUGGACAGCGGCUGCCAUGUACCAGGCCACCAGGAUAUUCUCAUCCAACCUGAAGGAGAGGAUGGCCCAGCGGUUCUACAACCUGGUGCUGCUGCCGCGGGUCAGGGAUGACAUUGCAGAGUACAAGCGCCUCAAUUUUCACCUCUACAUGGCUCUGAAGAAGGCUCUGUUCAAGCCAGCAGCUUGGUUCAAAGGGAUCCUCAUCCCGCUGUGCGAGUCGGGGACCUGCACGCUGCGGGAGGCCAUCAUCAUCGGCAGCAUCCUCACCAAGUGCUCCAUCCCCGUCCUCCACUCCAGCGCGGCCAUGCUGAAGCUCGCCGAGAUGCCCUACAACGGCGCCAACAGCAUCUUCCUGCGCCUGCUCAUCGACAAGAAGUACGCGCUGCCCUUCCGCGUGGUGGAUGCCCUCGUCUUCCACUUCCUGGCCUUCCGCACGGACCAGCGCGUCCUGCCCGUGCUGUGGCACCAGAGCUUCCUGGCCUUGGCCCAGCGCUACAAGGAGGACCUGUCCUCGGAGCAGAAGGAGGCUUUGCUCGAGCUGCUCAAGUUCCACAGCCACCCGCAGAUCUCACCGGAGAUCCGGAGGGAGCUGAUGAACUCCAAGACUCGGGAUGUGGAGGAUCAGCAGCCUGCAGCCAUGGAGUGAGCAGGGACGGGGGGGGAAAGCCACAGCUUGAGCUGCUCCCGGGAUGCUGCUGGAUGGAGUUCUCAGUGUGUGAAUGAAGCCGUGAGGAGCUGGGCAGGAGCAUCCGGCCAGGAUCCUGCUGCCCCAAGUGCUGUGCCCAUAGAGCUGGCCCGUGCUCCCUGGGGCAGGCAGAACCUGGUGCCAUCAGCGCCAGGGAGGGUUUGGCUUGUUCCUGUGUUGGAAAAUAAACCUGGAGCAGUGUCCAUGGUUUUGGA